GAAGAGAGAGAGAGAGAGAGAGAGAGAGAUACUAAAUGAUGAGAGAAAAAAGUUAUCCAAAGUAUAGUAUGUAAACUAUUGAGGAAAAAGUUGUUUCUUGAUUAUUAUUGCAUAGAAACAAUUUUGAUUAUCAUUAGUAGCAUUUAGAAGUGUGAAUUUAAGUCCAAAAAACAGCUUAAUUGUUGUAGAUUCUGGUUUCCUCUAGUCAAAUUGUUCAAUUGAUUGUGAAUUAAAUGUUUACUGUAAAAACAUUCAUCAUCUUAAUCCACACAUAAUUUUACUCUCUACUUUGAACUCCUUUCUCUCUCUCUCUCUCUCUCUCUCUCUCUCUCUCUCACUCACUCACUUUCUUCUUCUCUCUAAAAUCAACUCCCUCUUCUCAUCAUUUAUCUUCCUCGCUCUCACCCACCUCCGAGUGUAUAUGUGAUUUUAUUUACUAGUUACCUUCCAUCGUCAACAUCACCAUCAUCUCCAAAUUGUUGAUGUAUAAACGUCGGUGAAAAACAUUCACAAUUGAUGACAAUCAACAGAUUAUUGUUGUUAUUACUCAGUUAAUAAAAGUUUUCACUUAAUAGAAUAUAAAAGUUAAUUGUUUCAACUUUAACAAUUGUUUUCUUCUUCUCGUGUUAAUUUGGUUCCAACACCAAAAAAAAAAGAGGAAGAAAAUACAAAAGCAAAUCUAUUGCCUUGAAAUUGUCUCUUUUUCGUUGAUUACAGUUAAUUAUCUUCAUCAAUUUCCAUCACCUUCAAUAAAUAUAAAUUGUAAUUUAUAUUAUUAACUAUUUCCUCUUUGGUGAACUUGAUUAACUAAACACUUUCCUAUUACUUUGUGUGUGUGUACAUAUAAUCAUUACCAAUCAACAUAAAUUGACCAUCAUUCUAAUAAACAACAACAACAACAACAAUUAACAACAAUUAUGUCAGAAAAAACUUCAGUCGAAUUGAAUCUUCUUGAUAAAUCACCACAGAUCACAAUUUUACCGGCCAAACCUGUUCGGACAAUUAACCAACAAUCCGAUGGCAUAAUUAACAUUGACAACGAUGGUAAUAAUUCAAUUACUGAUUGUACACUUUCCUGGAAUGAUUUAAGUUACGUUAUCCCGAGAGAUUCACGAUUAGUUCAUCUAUUCAAACGAAUGGCAACUAAUCGUUGUGAUUGGAGAUCCAAAUGUAUACUUCAUCCACAAAGUGGUCAAGUUUCAAAAGGUCAAAUGAUCGCGAUUAUCGGCCGAUCUGGUUCAGGUAAAUCAACACUUUUACAAUGUCUUUCAGGUUGUAAGCAGAAAAAUCGUUCCGGUAAAGUAGAGGUUAUUUUAAAUAGUCAACCAUCAUCAUCAGUAAAUUUAUCUAAUGGUAAGAAGAUUGAAAAUUUACCAUCUUCAUCCUCGUCGAUUUCUCCAUCAUGUUCAUCAUCAUCUUCUUCAAAAAAGCCUCACAUGAAAAUUUGUUACAUUCCACAAGCUGAUCAUCUAAUACCAACAUUAACCGUCUACGAAACGUUAAUUUAUGCCUCUAAAUUACGGAAUCUCAGUCAAAAAUGUGACAAUUAUCAUUCAAUCAGAGUCGAAACCAUAAUGGCAGAUCUUAAUUUAACUUGUUCUCGCUCUGUUAUGGUCAAACGAAUCUCUGGUGGUCAACGUAAACGACUUUCCAUCGGUUUAGAGUUGUUAGGGUCACCGGAUAUUUUCUUGCUCGAUGAGCCGACAUCCGGAUUAGAUUCAUCGAAUGCACUUCAAUGUGUCCAAUUGUUGAAAAGAUUAGCCAACAACAACAAUUCGUCUUCGAUAAAUGAUCAAUCCCCACAUAUAAUGAGUAUAAUGGACAAUAUUAUUAUGACCAAUGGUAAUAAUUGUGGUGAAAAUAAACCUCAACAAUCAACCGGAUCAUCAUCAUCAUCAUCUGGACUUGCAAUUGUCGCUUCAAUUCAUCAGCCAAGUGCCAAAAUCCUUUCACAAUUUGACAAAAUCUACCUCAUGUCAUUUGAUGGUCGAUGUAUUUACUUUGGUCCACCAAGUGAAAUGGUUACAAUAUUUUCAACUUUUGACCUUAAUUGUCCAGCUUAUCAUAAUCCAGCAGAUUUUGCAAUUGAAAUUGCAUCGGGUGAUUAUGGUAGAGAUAAAGUUGAAGCUCUUGAAAAUUGGACCAAUUCAAAUGGACCCGAUCCUUUACCACCAACACCACCGAUAACGGUAAAUGAAUCAACUUGUGAUAACUCGAUGAUGGCCUUGACCGUUGAGGAAGUGGUCAGCGACAUGUUGAGACAAUCAAAGUCAAAUUUUGCUCAUUUCUGGAUACUCCUUAAUCGUACAUUAUUAACCACAAUUAGAGAUCCAAGUUUGAAUGGGUUUAGAUUAAUUCAGCACAUAUUGAUUGGUUUAAUUGUCGUCCUAUUGUACAGUAAUUCAAUUGGUACUGGAAGUGGUUGUUUAAAUAAUAUUGUCAAUCUUAAUGAUCUUCGUAAUGAGGAAAGGUUAACGGCUCAAAAUUUAGCGCUUAUCUUUUUCUCACUCAUGUUCCUAACUUUUGCGGCCAUGAUGCCGACGGUAAUGGUUUUUCCGUUAGAAAUGUCAGUUUUUACGAAAGAGCGUAAAAAUGGUUGGUACUCUUGUGCGUCCUUUUAUUUUGCCAAAACUUUCGCCGACCUUCCGUACCAAUUGGUCUAUACGUUUAUCUACAUCGCGAUGGUUUAUUUUGGUACUGGUCAAUUCUUUUCCUGGUGGAGAUUCGCCUUUUUCCUUUCAAUCGGUAUACUCAUUUCCAUUAUCGGCCAAUCGAUCGGUCUACUAUUUGGUGCGCUGUUUGCGAAAUACCUUCAAACGGCCAUCUUUAUUGCACCAAUAUCGACACUUCCGUUGAUCCUCAUCUCUGGUUUCUUUGUGCGCCUCAACACAAUUCCAGCGCUAUUACGGCCAAUAACCUACACUUCGUACCUUAAAUAUGCUUUCGAAGCGUUAAUCAUCACCAUCUAUGGGUACGAUAGGUGUACACUUAGUCCAUCGGUCGACAUAUCGGUGAAAGAGUCCAAUGGUUGUACUGUUGUCGGCCAAUUUUAUUCCUAUUUACGAGAUGAUCUAAAUAUUUCUUUCGAUGCUCUCAAAGAUUACAUUCCGUUAAUGGCACCAGAUAAUCGUGAUGUUAAUGUAACAAUUAAAUUGGAACAAUUUACCAAAGCUCUGGAAAAGGUUGAUUUUAAUGCAACCCAACAGAUUAUGGAAACACUUAAUUCAACUCGAUCUCUGGUAAUGACGGAAUAUGAACUCGAAGAGGCAAAUUUCGUGACCAAUAUCCUCGCACUUUUUGGUUUCAUUGUGAUUGUCCGGUUGAUUACCUACAUCGUUUUAUUACAAAAAUCGGAGAAAAAAAUUGAUUAAUUAUCAAAUCAAUUUACUCAACUUUAACCUGAUCAACAAUUACUCGUUCAUCUAAUGUGUUAACUACACUUUCACUGUUUUCUUUUUUAAUUGUACAUUUUAAAUCAUCAUCAUUAGUUAUUAUUAUUAUUAUUAUUAUUAUACAUUGUGUUUGUACGUUUAUCCAUUGCACGUUUAAGCAUUAAUUGUGACAAUUAACAUGGACAACAAUUCAUCUUUUAUAUAUACAAUUUGGUUCAUUUGUCUUAAUGACUAGUUUUUGU